AUGGCUACCCAAUGCGCUGCAUCGGCCAAACUGGCCUUACCAUCGCUUCUUCGCAGCUUCUUCCGCACCGAGUUCAACCACGACCUACGCCCUUCUGCCCUCCGUUGUUAUGCUGGCCCUUCACUACAGCUUCCUCGCCGGCCAUUUAGUUCGACUCCCAGAGCCUGCCAGAUCGAGAUCAAUCAGUCGCCCGAUAUGAUCACCACAUCGGUCGCUCCCCAGACUUCUCAAGCAACUACCACUCCACCCUCCUCAUCCUCACCAAUUGAACAAAACACGACUCCCAGUCGCGAGUCGUCGCAUAAACGGGCAUCUGAGAAUCCCAAGAAGAGGACAAAGAGGGAUAAAACCAACUGGGACGAUUCGAAAACGAAAAUUAAAGAUCGCAAGGAGCGCAAAGAAUCGCGCGAGGAAAAAAAGCUCGACAAUGCAAAGAAGGCCCCGGUGAGAAAGGAGAAGCCCGACCCCUGGCGAAUUCAAAAGGAUGCUUUGGACAAGAAAUUCCCCAACGGAUGGAAUCCACCUAAGAAACUGUCGCCCGACGCGCUGGAAGGUAUUCGCCAUUUACACGCGACCGCCCCAGACCGAUUCACGACCUCUGUUCUUGCGGAGGAGUUCAAGGUCUCUCCAGAGGCUAUCCGUCGAAUUUUGAAGAGUCGCUGGCGGCCCUCGGAAGUCGAGGCCGAGGAUCGUCGCAAGCGAUGGGAGAAGAGACAUGAGCGGAUUUGGAGUCGUAUGGCUGAGCUGGGUCUUCGGCCGUCGACCAAGGCCUCUCGGCCGUACUCUGAUGCCAAUACGCUUUACAAGCCUGGUGAGAGGGAGUUCUAG